CCCUCGAACGUUAAUACCCGCAAAACGUCAGAUUCAGCAUGCCUUCUCCAAUGUCCACCCAACAACGACAGCCCCAUGUUGUGAUCUUCCCUUUCAUGGCCCACGGCCACACACUGCCCUUACUAGACCUGUCAAAGGCACUUUUUCGCAAGAACAUCGAAGUGACCAUCAUCACAACUCCUUCAAAUGCCAAGUCAAUCACCCAACACUUAGUAAAUUCUCCCACAAUUCAGGUCAUCGAAAUCCCAUUCCCAUCCAACGGUUAUGGCCUCCCGAAAGGCUGUGAAAACACCUCCCAGCUUCCCUCGAUGGACCUACACUUUGCCUUCCUCAGCGCCACCAAGCAGCUCAAGAAGCCUUUUGAGGAUGUCCUAGCGUCCAUGUCGGCUUCAGAGGCCGGCCUUCCUCUAUGCGUCAUCUCCGAUUUCUUUCUCGGCUGGACCCUCGAGUCAUGCCGAGCCUUUGGUGUUCCUAGGCUGGUGUUCCAUGGGAUGAGUGUCCUCGCAAUGGCCAUUUCUAAAUCCUUAUGCCAACACAUGCCUCAUUUGAAGCCAGCGGCUUCCCAGAACCCUAGUUCUUUAGAUCUUCCAGGUAUGAGGGUCCCGUUUGACCUGGCGAUCUCGGACGUCCCAGAGUCAAUAAGGAAUUUGGAUCUGAACAAUCCGGCUUGUCAGUUCUUGUGGGAAGUCGCUGAGGCCGAUGUGAAUAGUUGGGGCGUCAUUAUCAACAGCUUCGAGGAACUAGAGAGAAGCCAUAUCUCAUCUUUCGAGUCGUUUUAUCAUAAUGGAGCCAAAGCUUGGUGUGUAGGUCCUCUUUUCCUGUGUGAUGAUGACAAGAAGCUCAAAGAUUGCGAAAAGUUCAACAAUUGUAAUCAAAUAAAGCAUAGUCUUAGUGCAAUGCAAUGGCUCACCGAGCAAGUCACACCGGCGUCCGUACUAUAUGUCUCGUUCGGGACGCAGGCUGAUGUGGCGAACGCCCAAUUGGACGAAAUUGCAUUCGGGUUGAAGGAAUCGGGGUCAUUCAUAUGGGUGGUACGGUCAACGACCUGGUGUGUGCCAAAAGAUGUGGAAGAGGGCGUGAAAUCAGGUAAGGGCUUGAUAGUAAGGGAAUGGGUCGACCAGCGGCAGAUAUUGGGUCACAGGUCAAUAGGCGGGUUCCUGAGCCACUGUGGUUGGAACUCGGUUCUGGAGAGCAUAUCGGCAGGCGUGCCAAUCCUGGCUUGGCCAAUGAUGGCGGAACAACCGUUGAACGUGAAGCUAGUCGUAAGCGGGCUUGGGGCGGGAAUCGGGUUGAACUGGGCAGACUGGUCGGGACGAAGGAUGUGUGUUCCCAGGGAAGAAGUUUGUGACGGUGUGAGGGAGCUGAUGGGUGGAGAGAAGGGGAGGAGGGCCAGGGAAAGGGCCCAAGCCCUAGGAAGAGCGGCUAGGCGAGCGGUAAAAGAAGGUGGCUCGAGCCAUGAGACUCUCAACAAGCUAAUCGAUCAGCUAUGUGGAGUUUCCGACGUUUCAUUGAAGUUUUGAGGGUAAAAUAAAUUUGUAGACUCCUUAAUUACUUACGAGAUAGGCAAGGGCAAUCAUAGCGCAA